CGGCUGCCUUCUCUCCUUUAGAACUCAAGACAGCCACGGUGCAAAUGACUCAUUUUGUGGUCGAGAGAAGGGACCAGCUGUGAGGACCGGUCAGCCCAGGGCUCGUGCGGCAGAGCGGAUCUGACUCGAGUGUGCCCGGCCCGGUGCUCGGUCCGUCCAGGGUGAUGCCCAGGUGUGGAGCGUUGCCUUCUCUUCGGCGUCUGGACACAUGCGUCCCCUGAUGUGAUGGCCUCCUGCAUCGAAUUUCUGUGGUCCUUUGUGCUUGCUGAUUUGUCCAAAGUGAGCGGAAUGACCAAGUCCAGGGUCCUUGGGAGAGGACUUUGCCUGGUGGAAGUUACAGCGAGGAGGGGCUGAGUACCUGAGAAGGAACCCCCGUGCCGGCUCUGAAAGUCCCUCCAGUCUCCGUGCCGCGGCUCACCGGAGCACAGACGGUUCCUGUCCUAAGAAGCUUUUCUGCAGGGCCCAGUCUGCCAGCGCCUCUGACGCAGCGCAGCCAUGCCACGUAGCCCGACGUCCAGCGAGGACGAGAUGGCCCAGAGCUUCUCCGACUACUCCGUGGGGUCGGAGUCGGACAGCUCCAAAGAAGAAACCAUCUAUGACACCAUCCGGGCCACAGCGGAGAAGCCCAGCGCCCCCAGGAUGGAGGAGAGCCAGGGCCACGCGGUGGUGAUCCGUAUCCUCAUCCAGGACCUGCAGCAGACGAAGUGCCUUCGGUUUGACCCGGACGCGACCGUGUGGGUCGCGAAGCAGCGGAUUCUGUGUUCCUUGAACCAGAGCCUGAAGGACGUCCUCAACUACGGGCUGUUCCAGCCUGCCAGCAACGGGCGCGACGGGAAGUUCCUGGACGAGGAGCGGCUUCUGCGCGAGUACCCGCAGCCCGCGGGCAAGGGCAUCCCCUCCCUGGAGUUUCGAUACAAGAAGCGGGUGUAUAAGCAAUCCAACCUGGACGAGAAACAGUUGGCCAAGCUGCACACAAAGACCAAUCUGAAAAAGUUCACGGACCACAUUCAGCACCGCUCGGUGGAAAAGAUCACCAAGAUGCUGGAACGCGGCUUGGAUCCGAAUUUCCAUGACCCGGACACUGGAGAGACCCCGCUGACCUUAGCCGCUCAGCUGGACGACCCCGCGGAGGUGAUCAAGGCUCUCAGAAACGGCGGGGCUCACCUGGACUUCCGCGCCAGAGACGGGAUGACGGCCCUCCACAAAGCCGCCCGAGCCAGGAACCAAGUGGCCCUGAAGACCCUUUUGGAGCUUGGAGCGUCCCCGGAUUACAAAGACAGCUAUGGCCUCACACCCCUUUACCACACCGCGAUCGUGGGGGGCGAUCCCUACUGCUGCGAGCUCCUGCUCCACGAACACGCGGCCGUGUGCUGCCGGGACGAGAACGGCUGGCACGAGAUCCACCAGGCCUGCAGGUAUGGCCACGUGCAGCACCUGGAACACCUGCUCUUCUACGGGGCGGACAUGGCGGCCCAGAACGCCUCCGGGAACACGGCCCUGCACAUCUGUGCCCUCUACAACCAGGACAGCUGUGCCAGAGUGCUGCUGUUCCGAGGCGGGAACAAGGAACUCAAGAACUACAACAGCCAGACCCCGUUUCAGGUGGCGAUCAUAGCGGGCAACUUUGAGCUGGCGGAGUACAUCAAGAACCACAAGGAGACGGACAUCGUACCCCUUGUGCCGACCAGAAGGACUGUCUCUGGGGCCCCUCCUCUGGCCCAUCGCCCUGCCGGCGGCUGGGCCCGCUCUUGCAUCUUGGAAGAGCCCGCCGGCCUGUUUCCUCCAGCCCCGGGCUUGCACAGGACUUGCAGCGGGGAGCAGUCCCAUUGGACCAGCGGUGUGCCCUUCCGAGAGGCCCCGGCAUACUCCAACCGGAGGCGGCGCCCCCCCAACACGCUGGCCGCCCCCCGGGUCCUGCUACGCUCCAACAGUGACAACAACCUCAACACCAGCGCGCCCGACUGGGCCGUCUGUUCCGCCACCUCCCACCGCAGUCUCUCGCCCCAGCUGCUGCAGCAGACGCCCGGCAAGCCCGAGGGGGCCGCCAGGACGCUGGGGGGCUACACCCCCGGGCCCUACAGCCGGUCACCGUCGCUCAACAGGCUGGGCGGUGCCCUCGAAGAUGGCAAGAGGCUCCAGCGGCCCUGGCACGUCGGGCCGGCUUUCCCGCCUGGAGCCAACAAGGACACGCUGUCUGCCUUCGAGUACCCAGAGCCCAAGCGGAAGCUCUACAGUGCCGUGCCGGGGAGGCUCUUUGUCGUCGUCAAGCCAUACCACCCCCAGGUCGACGGCGAGAUCCCCCUUCACCGUGGCGACAGGGUCAAAGUGCUGAGCAUCGGCGAGGGAGGCUUCUGGGAAGGCAGCGCCCGCGGCCACAUCGGAUGGUUCCCUGCCGAGUGCGUAGAGGAGGUGCAGUGCCGGCCCAAGGACAGCCAGGCAGAAACUCGAGCAGACCGCAGCAAGAAACUCUUCAGGCACUACACAGUCGGUUCAUAUGACAGCUUCGAUGGUUCCAGUGACUGCAUUAUCGAGGAGAAGACAGUGGUCCUGCAGAAAAAAGACAAUGAGGGCUUUGGAUUUGUGCUGCGAGGGGCGAAAGCGGAUACGCCCAUCGAGGAAUUCACACCAACGCCAGCGUUCCCAGCCCUGCAGUACCUGGAAUCUGUGGAUGAAGGAGGGGUGGCGUGGCAAGCCGGACUGAGGACGGGGGACUUCCUGAUUGAGGUGAACAAGGAGAACGUUGUGAAGGUCGGCCACCGGCAGGUGGUGAACAUGAUCCGCCAGGGAGGAAACCACCUCGUCCUCAAGGUGGUCACGGUGACCAGGAAUCUCGACCCGGACGACACCGCCAGGAAGAAAGCCCCCCCGCCUCCCAAGCGCGCCCCGACCACGGCCCUCACCCUGCGCUCCAAGUCCAUGACCUCGGAGCUGGAGGAGCUCGAUAAGCCCGACGAGAUUGUCCCAGCCUCCAAGCCAUCCCGCACUGCUGAUAACGUGGCCGUGGAGUCCAGGGUAGCCACCAUCAAGCAGCGGCCCACCAGCCGGUGCUUCCCAUCCGUCUCCGACAUGAACUCCGUGUACGAACGACAGGGGAUCGCCGUCAUGACGCCCACUGUUCCUGGGAGCCCGAAAGGCCCGUUUCUGGGCCUCCCCCGAGGUACGAUGCGAAGGCAGAAAUCAAUAGACAGCAGAAUCUUUCUAUCAGGAAUAACGGAGGAAGAGCGUCAGUUUCUGGCCCCUCCGAUGCUGAAGUUCACCAGAAGCCUGUCCAUGCCCGACACCUCGGAGGACAUCCCUCCCCCGCCGCAGUCUGUGCCCCCGUCCCCGCCGCCCCCUUCCCCCACCGCCUACAACUGCCCCAAGUCCCCGACCCCGAGAGUCUACGGGACCAUCAAGCCGGCGUUCAAUCAGAACGCCGCCGCCAAGGUGCCCCCCGCGGCCCGCUCGGACACGGUGGCCACGGUGAUGAGGGACAAGGGCUUGUACUACAGGAGAGAGCUGGACCGCUACUCCCUGGACUCCGAGGACCUCUACAGCCGCAGCGCCGCCGCCCAGGCCAACUUCCGCAGCAAGCGGGGCCAGAUGCCCGAAAACCCGUACUCGGAGGUCGGCAGGGUGGCGAGCAAGGCCGUGUACGUGCCCGCCAAGCCCGCCCGGCGGAAGGGCAUGCUGGUGAAGCAGUCCAACGUGGAGGACAGCCCCGAGAAGACGUGCUCCAUUCCGAUCCCCACCAUCAUCGUGAAGGAGCCCUCCACCAGCAGCAGCGGGAAGAGCAGCCAGGGCAGCAGCACCGAGAUCGAGCCCCAGGCCUCCGAGCAGCCGGGCCAGCUGCGGCCUGACGACAGCCUGACCGUCAGCAGCCCCUUCGCCGCCGCCAUCGCCGGGGCCGUCCGCGACCGGGAGAAGCGGCUGGAGGCCAGGAGGAACUCCCCGGCCUUCCUGUCCACGGACCUGGGGGACGAGGACGUGGGUCUGGGGCCGCCCGCCCCCCGCGUGCGCUCCUCCAACUUCCCCGAGGAGGCCGACUUCGGCGAGGAGGGUGGCACCGAGCCGCUGCCGCUGCCCGCGCCGGGGGCCGCGCCCAGGGAGCCCGAGAACCAUUUCGCGGGCGGAGGCGAGGCCGCAGCUCAGGGGGAGGCCGGCAGGCCGCUCAAUUCCACAUCCAAAGCCAAGGGCCCCGACGGCGGCCCCGCGGUGCCCCCCAAGGGCGGCAGCGCGGCCGGUCCUGAGAACUACGUCCACCCGCUCACGGGGCGGCUGUUGGACCCCAGCUCCCCGCUGGCCCUGGCGCUCUCCGCAAGGGACCGAGCCAUGAAGGAGUCGCAGCAGGGCUCCAAGGGGGAGGCCCCGAAGGCCGACCUCCACAAACCUCUCUACAUCGAUACCAAAAUGCGGCCCAGCGUGGAAGCGGGCUUCCCUCCCGUCACCAGGCAGAACACGCGGGGGCCCCUGAGGCGGCAGGAGACGGAGAACAAGUACGAGACCGAGCUGGGCAAGGACCGGAAGGGCGAGGACAAGAAGAACAUGCUCAUCAACAUCGUGGACACGUCCCAGCAGAGGUCGGCCGGCCUGCUGAUGGUCCACACCGUGGACGCCACCAAGACCGACCGCCUGCUGGAGGAAGAGGAAGAGAAGGCCGACGCGGAGGCCAAGCCAGACAGCCCGCUGUCCGAGGUGCCAGAAGGCGCUCCCGAAACCGAAGGUGCUUUACAGAUCUCCGCCAGCCCCGAGCCCGCCGUCGCCGCCGCGCCCGGCAGGACCAUCGUGGCGGCGGGCUCCGUGGAAGAGGCGGUGAUCCUGCCAUUCCGCAUCCCUCCUCCCCCUCUGGCAUCCGUGGAUUUGGACGAGGAUUUCAUUUUUACAGAGCCUUUGCCUCCCCCCCUGGAAUUUGCCAAUAGUUUUGAUAUCCCCGAUGACCGCAUCGCUUCCGUCCCCGCCCUCACGGACUUGGUCAAGCAGAAGAAACACGACGCCUCCCAGCCCCCUCCGUUGAACCCCAGCCAGCCGGCCAACUGUGCGGACGGUAAGAAGCCGGCCGGCCUCUCCAACUGCCUGCCCGCCUCGUUCCUGCCACCCCCCGAGAACUUUGACGCCGUGACGGACUCUGGGAUCGAGGAGGUGGACAGCCGGAGCAGCAGCGACCACCACCUCGAGACGACCAGCACCGUGUCCACGGUGUCCAGCAUGUCCACGCUGUCGUCCGAGGGCGGGGACAACGUGGACACCUGCACGGUCUAUGCGGACGGGCAGGCGUUUACGGUGGACAAGCCCCCGGUGCCUCCGAAGCCAAAAGUCAAGCCCAUCAUUCCCAAAAGCAACGCGCUUUACCAGGACGCGCUGGUGGAAGAAGACGUGGACAGCUUCGUCAUCCCUCCCCCGGCGCCCCCGCCCCCGCCGGGCAGCGCCCAGCCUGGGGCCGCGAAGGUGACGCCGCCGAGGACCUCCAAGCUGUGGGGUGACGUCUCGGAGGUCAGAAGCCCGAUUCGCUCGGGCCCGAAGGCAAACGUGAUCAGCGAAUUGAACUCAAUCCUGCAGCAAAUGAACCGAGAGAAAUCGGCCAAGCCGGGGGAAGCACUGGAUUCGCCCACGGGCACCAAGCCCGCCAGCCUCGCUCCCAGAAGCCCAGAGGUCAUGAGCACCGUCUCAGGUACACGGAGCACAACGGUCACCUUCACGGUUCGCCCGGGGACCUCGCAGCCCAUCACCCUGCAGAGCCGGCCCACAGACUUUGAGAGCAGGACCUCAGGAACGAGGCGCGCCCCGAGCCCCGUGGUCUCGCCAACGGAGAUGAACAAGGAGAUUCUGCCCGCCCCCCUGCCCGCUGCCGCUGCCGUCCCUUCCCCCACGCUCUCAGAGGUCUUUAGCCUUCCAAGCCAGCCCCCGGCCGGGGACCUGUUUGGCUUGAACCCAGCGGGACGAAGCAGAUCGCCGUCCCCCUCCAUACUGCAACAGCCAAUCUCAAAUAAGCCUUUCACGACUAAGCCUGUGCACCUGUGGACUAAACCAGACGUGGCGGACUGGCUGGAAAGUCUCAACUUGGGUGAGCAUAAAGAGACCUUCAUGGACAACGAGAUUGAUGGCAGUCACCUACCAAACCUUCAGAAGGAAGACCUAAUCGACCUUGGGGUGACUCGGGUCGGGCACAGAAUGAACAUAGAAAGGGCUCUGAAACAGCUGCUGGACAGAUAAGGGUGGCUGCUCCUUUACCUUCACAGACUCCUUGUUAUAAGUAGAGAUGGGCUUCUACUGAAAUAUGCGGGCGGCCAAGCACGGUCUGUGAGCGCCAACCCCAUUCCACGGGUUCGUCUCCCGGUACCCAAAGAAACGCCGAGUGUGUCCGGGUGUGGCUGAGCGAAAGCCUGGCGGCUCCCCCACUCUGCACGGGGGCUUCACGGGCUGUUUCUGUGCAGCGGGGGACAAGGGGAGGGAGUCCUGCCACCACGGAAAGAGAGUCACGGCCUGCCUCGCGGCGUGCAGGUGACCUCCCUUUGCCAGGUCCCAGGGACGCCCCCGCCGGUUUAGCGCGGGAGCCCGGCUCUCGCAGGCAGACACCGGUGCGCUCCAGAUACCUCCUGAGACCUCCCUCCUCUGCUUUCCGGGCAGCUCCCGCCCCCACCCCCGGCCCGCCUCAGUUCGCGGCCUCUGGGAGGACACUCCAUGCUCACUUGCUCCUUUCUUUCCUGCACUUGGCUUACGGUAAGCCACCCCAGGCCUGUCUCUCCGGUGCCCCUCGCUGGGCCCCAAAGGUAGAGAAUCUGGUUUUUUUCCGUUGGAUUCUUUACCCCGCCUCCUCCCGCGAUGUGCAUCCGUGGUUCUCUGGCCAGGAAGUUCCUGGCCGUGGUGGGGAGUCUGAUGGGAUCGUGCCCGGCUUUGCUUAGCUUUCUUUCUUUCUUUCUGCAAAUCUAUUAGCAUAAUUCCAAAGUGGUCAAACAGAUGUCACGUGGAGUUAGUCAAAGCACAAAGUCACGAUUCCGAGCAGGAGGGGAGGCCCGGCCCCGGGAGCCAGCCGGUGCGCGGCCGCCUGGGUCUCUUCUAGGGGAAGAGCGGGGAGUUGUCCGCCGAGCGUCCCCGGCGCGGUGAGAAGGGGAUUCUCUGCCUUUCGCACGUUUUUAAAAUGGAAAGCGUGUCUCGUUCUGCAAAGACCAGAGCAGGUGAGCGUCCACUUUACCACGAGGGGGAGACACAAGGCUAAUGGCGGGCAUGUGCUGCUGUGGGGGAGACGGCAUCUUCCCCGGGUGCCGGGUGGGGCACGGUGACCUCUGUUCUGAGCCCGGCCAAGGGUAAGCAUCUCUGCCGAGACCGCCCCUCUGCUCUCUGAGGCCAGGGAACCCCACCAGUCUGGCCGGUACGACAGGCUUUUCAAGAACCCGGUGGCUGAGGCGUCCGUCCACACAGGACCCAGGGUCCAGAACACGCAGUGGGCUGCAGGCUGAGGGUGGGAGCAGACACAUGAAGAAAGGAAAGACAGGGAGGUUUCCCGGGCUGCACCAGGCAGGCCCCUCUCUCGCGAGGUUUUCUCGAGUCGCACCCAUUCUCUUCCCUGGAGUCCCCUCCCCUGUGACAAUACCUCCAAUUUCCAAGGGAGGUUACCACCUGCACAGGCAUCACCGGACAUCCAGCCAGGCUUCCAGCACAUUCUCCCACACUUGGAAGAAACUCGAACAGCAGGUUUUGGCUUUUAUUAUGAUUUCAGAACUAGCCUAGCCCAUCUCUAAUUAUAAAAACAUGGUAUUUUUUUUUUUCCUUUCUUUUCUUUACGCUCACAAUCAAGUGUCUGAUUAGGUCUGGAACAGCUCUAGAAUGAACACGUAAAAUUUAGCAAUUUAAAAUCUCUUUCUUUACUGCAAGUUUCAAUAGUUGUACAGAUAGUUUAUAAGCACAAUAUUUUAAGAAAAAAAAAGUGGCUGGUCUACUAGGCAGCCUUUGUGCCACUUCAGUGCUAGAAAGUUAAAGAAAAAAAAACUUUUGUGAUUUAAUAAUACUAUUUCUGUGGAAUUAUAAAAGUAUGACCUUUUUAAAUCAACCUUAUUUGGAUGCAUCUGAACCAGCAGAGCUGUGUUAUAUUUUCUAUCUUUGCUAGAACUUCGUCAUCGAAGGACAAUUAUUUCUUCAGAAGUGGUUACAAUUCACAAUGCAGCGGUUUCUCCAAAAACAAACAUGCACCCCCACCCCCACCCCCACACACACACAGACACACACGCACAGUUUUUCCAGCCACGUGCCCCCCGAAUUGGAAACUGAGUUCCGGCCCUUCCUCCGCUCCAAACCCCUCUGCAGUCAGACUGGACCUGCACGCCCCACCCCUACUUGAAGUCAGUUGAACGUGAAGGCGCUUCUCCCCCCCCCCCCCCCCCCCCCGUGCCCUUGCCGUCUCUCCGUCGUGGGGUGCGCCAGGACGCCGUGGGUGGCCUGCUGAGGCCGCCUGCUCGUUCACAAAGUGUAAAGGUGGUGGUUUGGCCAUUAUUCGUCUUCCAUUUGGUGAGACUGCCAAAGCCAGUCGGUACACCGCCUCACCGUGGCCCUCCUUUCUUCUACCUACUGCUGGCAUCACCUCCGUGGCCAGUGCCAGGCGACACGCCGGGGCGAGGUGCGAGUGAGGGAAAGGCGCUGCUGGGUGGCCACCGGUGGCUGUAGAGCCACUGGACCCUGGCGGCCGGGCGGUGAGGGUGGCUGCCACUCCCUUUCUUAGACUUCAAGCCACGGGCAACUAACCAGGAGCGGGCAGACUGCAAGGGGAAACCGAGAGCCGAGCAGUCAUCAGUUUCUGCCUUGUCUUAUUAGAGAAAAGUCACAGGAGCCCGCAGAACCUGCACUGACCGAGAAUAACACGUGUUGCCAAGACCAAUCCAUCUCGAGCCCCAGCCAAUGGUUUUGCUCCAGAAAGCAAUAGUUCCUCACUUAACUCGCUGCCCAGUGCUCUUCCCCCUGCCCCCCUCGGACACGUUAGGACCAGGCCCUCUUCCAUGGUGGGACAAACGUCAAACUGCUCAUAUAAGGAUCAUGUGAAUACUAUCCCGGGUUUUCAGAUCAACUUUUCUUACCUACUGUAAUUUAAAUAAAUUGCAUUUACAUGCCUCGUCUCUGUAACAUUGUGUAUACAAAACCAAAAUUUCUCCAGAUGUAAAUUAUGUACACCUGCCAAGAUACCUUCUCCAGGGUGUCUGUGCACAUUUUAAGUUAAUUCAUAGAAUAUAAAAUGACUCAAUGUGACUGUUGAUUUGCUGAACUCUACAUAUCACAAAGUGGGUUAUCUGUGGUACUUUAGUUAGUAAAAUGGUGAUUUUUUUUUUUUUUCUGGGUUACCGAACAAGCAAGCAUUACCCAGGUGAUCUGGCGAUGACUUCGUGUGUGGGCCACAAACAUGGAUUUUUUUCCCAUUAACCAGGUUUUUUUUUGUUGUUUUUUAGAAACUAAUAUGUUUCACACUACGGUUUGUGUAACUUGUGUUCGCAUUCUCUGUGUUGCUGUUACUUUUGUGCUUUUAUUCCUUUUAAACUUUAUUUUGAAAAAGAAAAAAAAAAAAACGAAACAAAAAACGAGCUCCUGUAAUCUGCACUUCCUCCCGAUCCUUCGAUCUCUUGUAUGGCAACCAAAAUGACUGUAAGAGAAAUAAAUAUACGAUUGCACUAA